AAUUUCGUGAUCCAUAACAGUCUGUAAUGAUCCGUGUUCUAAAAGUGUCUACUGCAGUCGAAUGUGGUUAAGAGAACGUUUGUUUUAUUUGUGUCAAUGAUAUAUAAUAAAUUUCUAUUGAGAAUUUUAUAAUUUUAAUGUACAUUUAAAAAUCGUUUACUAUAAAUAAAAUAAAAACAAAAUGGGUGGUGGAGAUCUGAAUUUGAAGAAAUCAUGGCAUCCAUCUACUAUGAAGAAUAUGGAAAAAGUAUGGAAAGCCGAACAAGAAAAGAAUCAAGAGAAAAAAAGAAUAGCAGAAUUAAAGAGAGAAAUAGCAAUGGAAAGAGACAGAGAAGACAUGACAAAAUAUGCUAUGGAGCAAGGUGUUAUAGAAAAAAAAGAUGAUAAAAAAUUAGAUUGGAUGUACAAAGGUCCAAACGAAAUGGUAAAUAGAGAAGAAUAUUUACUUGGUCGUCCAAUUGACAAAUCUUUUGAACAAGUAGCACAAGCACAAAAAGAUACAGAUUUAAAUCGCGCACCAAAAAAUCAUGUCGAAUAUGAAUGUAUUCCGCCUUCUUUACGUUUUUUUUCUGGAAACGAGCAAGUUGAUCUAGCAAGGAAGAUGCAAGAAGAUCCAUUGUACGCUAUAAAAAAGAAAGAAAUGGAAACAAGAAGUCAGUUGUUAAAAAAUCCAGUCAAGCUAAAAAAAAUUAAAGAGUUGUUAGAACAACAAACAAAGAAAAAAGAAACAAAGAAAAAAAGCAAGAAGAAGAAAUCAACGAAUAAUACGGAUAAUAGUGAUGACGAAACUGAAUUGGAUAAUUUAUUAGCUGCAAAAUACAAACAACUGAAGGAUAAAAUUAGUGAAAAACAUUUGAUGAAGUCUAUGAAAAAAAUUAAACAUAAGAAAAGGAAAAAGUCUAAGAAAGUCAGUAGCGAUUCUGAAAGUGACAGUAACAGUGAAAGUGAUAGCGAUAACGAAAGCAGUAAUAGUGACAGCGAUAGUAGUAGUACUAGCAGUAGUAGUACUAACGAAUUAGUUAAACGUAAGAAACGAAAACGAAGUCACAAAAAGAGGAGCAGUAGUAAUGACAGUGGAACAAUGCAUAGAAAAAGAAAUAAAAAGAAAGAUAAUGAAAAAAAGGAAAAGCAUACAAAGUCAAGUACAUACAAAAGUGAUGAAGAAGAUGGCAAAAAAUUACUUAAUAGAAGUAACAACGCAUAUUAUACAAAAUCGGAUAGAACAUUCAAAAAAGAAAAAGAAUAUCAGUAUAGAAGAAAUACAGUGCAUAAAGAAGAUAGCAGCUAUAAAGAUAAUGAAAACAAUAAGAAGAGAUAUAAAGAAAGGCCUUCAGUAGAGAAAUACUUUAAUGAAAGCCAUAAAAGAAAAUCGCAUCACUUCUCUUAUAAUUUACCUCAAAGAAGAAUUAAUGAAGAUAGGAAAACUGAACAGAAAUGGGUUCCAAAAAAGAAGCUUUCAGAAGAAGAAAAGGAAAAACGUAGACAGGAAAUGAUGGAAAAUGCAACAUGGCGAAAUAAAGAACGAGAACGAAAUAUAAAGCAGUAUCAUGAAGAAGAAAGGAAAGAAUUAUCAAACGAAAAAAUAUAUAAUAGAGAUUUUAUUAGGAAGCAAUUAGUUGCUGCAGCCGAAGUGGGUACAGUUGCAUCAAGGAUUAAAUCUAAUAUAAACAAUAUACAACGUUCUUGCAGAGCAAUGGAUACAAAUUUCGCGAAGCGAUGAGUCAUUUAGUUAAGCCCACUUGUACAGUUAAUAUGUAGGAAUUCAAGAAUGACACGGUAAAUUCUCAGAUCUUUUUUUAUACAUUUUGUAUAGAAAAUAAAAUAUACGUAAUGGAUCUUUACCAAGAUGACUACACAUAAAUAUUAUUACACAAUCUUUUGUACCAUAUACAAAUAUAUAUAUAUAUAUAUAUAUGCAUAUAUAUAUACACAUUUUUAAAUUCAAUUUCAUCAUAUAUGUUGUACUUUGAAUCUAUUAGAAUAUAUCUUAUCAGGAAGUAAAUUAGAAAGUAUAUUUAUGUAAUUUUGCACAUUUCACGAGAUUCAAAAUUAUCUUUCGCAUCCAUGAUAGUAGUUACACGACCAAUCGUAAGAACAUUAUUUACGACUGCUCUAGCCAGGUAACCAGUAGUUACCGAAUAAUGUGCAGAAAAGAAUGGUGUGAAGUCGUCUGUUCUCUCUAAAUUUUGAUCCUAUAUUAAACAAACAUAUUAUAUAUUCUUAUAUGAAUGAAAUA